CAAAUUUAGAUUUCCAGAACUUUUGCAUAUAUCUCUUUUUAAAUAUUAACCAUAAUUAACUUUAUUUAUACUGUACAUAAUGAAAAUCGAUAGAAAUAAAUUAAAAGCACCAGUCACACUCCUGAAGCCAGAAUUCAAUAAAUUAAUAGAAAAUUUAAAAAGCGCUAACGAUUUUGAAUUAAUUCAGGGUCUUAAAACUCCAAAUUUUUGGAAUUAUGAUAAAAUUGAGUUAUACUACUGGGUUGAUGUAUUAGAUAAAUUUGAUUAUAUAUUAGAAAAAGCUAGUAGUAAACCUAAAGAAUCUACGUGGCUUAUACAUUGCGAUCUACCUGAAAAUGAAUUAGAAAAAGAAUUAGUCAUAAUUAUCCUAAACUUUACAACCAAAUUAAUUGAACAUACAGUAUCCAAAAAUAUUUAUAAUUCAAUAGAUAAUUUGAUUUCUUUGUUGAAUUCAAGUGAUAUAUCCAUCAUUAUAGCUGUUUUGGAUUUACUCUAUGCUUUCAGCAAAAGAUCAAGCUACUUAAACAAAUUACCUGUUGCCCAAAAAACAGCAUUAUUUCAGCCGUUAUUACAUUUAGCACAGACCUGGGGUGGGAAAGCAAAUGGCCUCUCAUUAGCUCAAUGUUCCCGCGAUCUUUCAAUGAAUGAGUUCCCUUCCUCCUGCACCUCUCUCCAUUUUGAAUUUUAUCCUUUGAAUAAGGUGACUCUCAAUAAUACACUGGAUAAAUCCAAAGAUGACAAUAAGGCCAAGCCUAAUAGCAAAGAAGCCGUCAAUCCUAACUCUUUGAUAACCAUUCAUGUUGACAACGUCGACAAAUUGAUAGGCAAAUAUCCCAUACCGUCUCACGUUAUGCAUGAUUUGUUCAAACGUUUCGAUAUACCCGAUGACCAAAAAAUACAACUAUUUUCCCAAAUCAGAUUGGCUUACCAUUUUUCAGACUAUAAUGAAAGGGUGCUGUGCGUGCGUGCACGGUUAAAGGCGAUAUCUAUACUGAUGUACACCAAAAUGUUCAAAGAGAAAAUGGACACGUUCAUAUACCCUGGAUUGGUCGAAGAAAUUUGCGAGAUUUUAGCUCUGAGCGAAACGCCUGAUUAUUUGGAAACCAAGACUGUAGCCGUAAAAGCUCUAACUUCUCUAGUGAGCAUACACGACCUCGCUUCUAACAACAACGUGAUGUUAAAUUCUAUAAUUGAACACACCCAGCUAGCGUCUCACACUGGUUUACUGCCACAUAUAAUAAAAAAUUUUAUUGAACGCGAUAUUAAGAGACUCAACCACUUUACCUCCAAGAACGCCGACGUCGACAACGAAAAAAGUCAGCUUUUGAUGUACGGCAUUUCGCUCUUUUCUUUCCUGUACCAUUUGGCCGAAAUGACCGAAGAUUCCGAUAUUUUCGUAUCAAGUGGACUCCUAAAGGAUCUUUUAAAAGUUGUGUCAGAUUUCAAAGAGGAUCCUAAUCAGAUCAUGUUUGAAACGAGGGCCGUUAGAAUAAUGGACAUGAUAUCUUCCAUCGACAUGCAUGCCUUUUUCAAUGAAAAUGGACCUAAAGUUUUAUUGGCCAGAUUUCAGAAAGAAACGGAUAUCUGCCUUAGACAAGUUCCUUACAUCAUCGCACAUCCUUGCCCUUUGGCAAAUAAACUAACACGGAAACCCGACCAAUUGAAUACCGGCCCCUCACGUUCCCCCAAUUAUUCCCUUUCUUCCACGUCUGACAACGAAAUUGAAACUUUGGAAGAAAGAAACAGAGAAAAGAACGAGGAAGGAACAAAAAUGGAAGAAAAGAAUGAGGAUGACGAAGACGAGGAAGGGGAGGGAUUGGAAGGGAGACGGAAUGCCAAUGGAAAGGAGUCCAAGCCUCCUCGUUACUACCUCAGGGAGGACUCCGAAAGCAAUCCCUGCGCCUUAGCCACGAGUUUGAACAUACCUGAUAAAUCAAUACGUUGUUUUCCCCCAAGGGCGGCCCUGAUGAAAUCUAUCCUCAAUUUACUCAAGAACAUAGUCUCCGAGCCUGUUCAUAUCAACCAAUACGCUAGGCAAAUGAUGAAUUCUAACUUCAUAUCCUGUCUCAAACACGUGAUCAGCAAUGUGGAUUAUUAUGGAGCUUCCUUAUUUCUAUUAGCCUUAGACCUUGUUUCAAAUUACAUCUUCUCCGAACCUUCUGAGUUAUUUUCCAUUCAAAAGACUGGGAUGACUGAUUUAAUGUUGAAAGCACUCUUGGAGAAAGAGUUUCCAUCCACCCGAGAAAUAAUGACAUCUCUCCCUACCAUCUUCACCAGUCUGUGCCUCAACCAUAGGGGUAUGCGAGCGUUUCUGGCGAAGGAACCCUUCGACAAGCUUUUUAAAAUUCUAAUCUCACCCAAGUAUCUUUCCGCCCUUAAACUCAGCCCGAAGCAAUUGAAACGGCGGCGACGUAUGCUUAGCAGAGCCGACCCCCCUAACGCUUCUUCCUUCACGGAACCUGCCCAAGAUUUCGGAGCUAUGAUUGACGAAUUAUUGAGACACCAACCUACCCUGAAACAAGACGCUAUGGCUUCCAUUUGCAAGGUUAUAGCCGAGCUUGUCGCCAUGGGCAAAAGUCACCAAUUCGAGCUCAAAUCGACUCCAGUAUCAAAACCUGCCCCUACCAAUACCACUUCCACCGCGUUGACCACUACUCUUACUACAACUUCUAACUCUAACCUUCCCACUAAUAACACCACGCCUCCUACAUCCCAGGACCGUAUAUUGAACCCUACUACUAGCGAGAUUUCGCAACCUGAUAAUUUAAAUAUUUUUCCCUAUGGUAGGGCCUUAUCUGUCUCGCCUGCUCGUAGCACUUCAUCUUUAACCAGCAGUUCGAUCUCUAGCCAUGAUUCCUGCCAUUCCAAUUCUGAUCUGGAAGAUAAUCUAGAUAAUUUAGGGGGUCCAGAGCCGGUAAUCACUGAGAAUAGGAACGUAGAGGAAAUACAAAGGGAGGACCAAAGGGACUUAGAAGGGAUCGAGGGUGGAAUGGAGAGGAUGAAUGAGACCUCCGGGGUUAGGACAGGUCUAGGGGGGAUGGAAACCCUAUUCGAGGAGAGAAGUAGGAUAACUGCCAGCGAAAACAUCGUCGAUAUCAAUGAUGGCUCGAUGGACACGAAUCAUGAUAAUAUGGAACCUGGUAAGAAACACUCGAAAUCAGGUUCUCAUCAUCAGGAAACUUCCCAUUUCUUGGAUUUUACUUAUAACGUGCUCAAGUUUUUGGAAGCCAUAAUCUCGAACGGUUUUAGUAGCGACCAUUGCCAGGCCUUCAUAAACAAAGGCGGGGGCGAUCUAUUGUUGCAACUAGUGAGCCUGCCCGUUCUACCCUUCGAUUUCAUACACACCAAAGCUUUCAACGCUUUCGUUUCCGUUUACAAAUGGGUCGUGACAUACAGCCACUACCCUACUAUUCUUAACAUGUGCUCGAAGACGCUUUAUGAACGGAUGGAAUCUCUUCGUUUCGACAAUGAAGAAUUUUGGCCCCAUUCCACCAUUUACGGUCUAAUUCAAAAUACGGAACAGAAGCCAGUUAGAAUGGGUGGGUAUGGCCUAUAUCCACUUAAUCCCUGGGUGUUUGGCCAGUUAUCUCAUAUAGUUACGCUGGUUUAUCUUCUCAAGAGUGUCAACAAAUUGCCCAAGUUGGAAGUCAAGAAAUCUAUAGCGCAGUAUUGGACGUCUAACGUUGGAAAACCUCUUAUAUUAACAUUAAAUCAUUUCGCUUUGCGAUUGUUCCAUGAGAACCAAAAAUAUUUGGCUUGCCCUAAUCACCCAGACCCCCCAUCGGAUCGCGAUAUUAAAAUUUUUUCAGGUCUUUCUUCUACCCUUAACGACUCCUUAUUGUCCUUGACAAGCGGACUUAUGGAAGUAUGCUCAUCCUCUUGCUUCUACAAUGCUCCUAGUAAUACAGCCCCAGUCUCUAGCAAUAGAACUAACCUGGCCAGCAGUAGGCCAGAAAAUAGCCUCUCCCAGAGCGCAAACCUUCAAAACAGACAAAUAACGACUUCAGCCAAUGAGAAUUCGGCCAUGGCUAAUCCUACUACCACCACCAGUACAGCUAUAAGCUCUGCAAGUAACAGACGGGCUAUCUAUAACCCUCCCAGACCAUAUAUGCCAUCCACUAGCCAAGGGCUCGAUAGUAUUUUAACCUCUUCUGCAGGCCUACCUAACCCUACUUUGUAUAGCGUUAUAAAUACGGCGGCCAUGUGCGUCACCUUAAAUUACAGGAUAGUCUUGAAGUUGUACAAUACUGGUGUGCUCCGGCCUAAAUCUAGAUGCGUUCCCUACUUCCUUCAAUUCUUGAGGCAAAUGUGCCGAAUACUUCUCAAUGACAAAAAAGUCGCCAAUAAAAUGACGUUGCAAAAAUUCGUGGCCUCCAAGACGCUGGCUUACUUUUUCGCCUCGCUUCAGCUCGUGAUCUUGGACGAUGAUAAGGAUGACAAGAAUUCGCCUCCAGCUAUAAAUUCCAAGGAUAUUCAAUGUUUCCUCGACUUUUGGGUUCUAAUAACCACUCCUCAUACCCUUAUGGAGCCUUCCCUCCGACUUAUACCAGGGAUGCCCGAUUUGUCAACGAAUGAGCGCUCAAAGUUAGUGAGCCAACUGGAACAUUGCAAAUUCGCAUCUUACGUCUACUCCAAUACCCUGAAAGUUCUGGGUUUAUGGUUGGAUAAGAUAGGCGCUACUGAAUCGCCAGCACUCUUGGAUCCCCUUUCGGUUCAAGCAAUUUGUUCCAUCGUUAUAAACACUAUCAGUGGGUCACGCUCCAUCCAAAACAAGCUUGAAAUGUUCGCUAAACUUAAGAGCAAGAAUCUCGUCAUCUCUAACAAUAGCGCUAAUAGUUCAGCCCUUACGGCUAGUAAAAACAUAGCCACCACAAACAGCAACCUACCAUCGUCCGAAAUUGUCGGCACUGGUACAGACCAGGGCCUGGUAGCGGGUUCAGAAGGAAUUCCUACGGUUUCCGCCGAUCAACCUCUUCCACCCACGGCUAAUAAUACUAAUAACGCAACUCCGGCCUCGUCCAGAGCAUUAUACAGUCGUCUUUCCAGAGGAGCUCACAACAUUGAUGAAUACAGUAGAAGAGUGGAAAGUUUGGUCGAUAUGGGCUUUGCCAGACCCAGGGUAGUGGAAGCCCUUAGGCACUGUUCAACCUUGGAGCAUGCAACGGAAUAUUUACUGUCUUUGUCAGCGGCAGAUAUCGAAGCCUUUAGGGAGGAGGAGGAAAUUGGUGGUGCUACUGAUGUGGUCCCUAUAAUCGAAGAAAACCCCACACCAAUUAGUGAAGGCCAUAAUGCGGAUACAAACACUAAUUUAGUCGUAGACGUUCCGUUAAGCUCGCUAAUAAUCGCUCCUCGUGACCUUAAUACUACGCAUUCACAGGAUAAUGAGGCGACUAUUGCUUCAAACGAGGAUACCACUAUGAGGGACAUAUUCAAUUCAUUGGAACAAACAGAGGUAGCUAUUCAAAGGGCAACUGAAAUCGCUACAGCAAUUACCAGAGGACAGACUAUAUCUACCGCUGCUCAAAACGCGUAUAAUACCCCUUUAGAUAAUAAUGCUUUGAUCGAUACUAACAGAAAUAACGCCAAUAUUACUAAUGCCGAAAAUAAUAGCCUGGAGAUGGAACUGCUAAGGAGGCUUUCAGAAGUGGACACCAGUUAUAGGGACUUGGGCUUAGGCAGUUCUGAAGAAAUCAUAAAAACACCGCAAAAUGAAACAUUAACUAUGGAGACUAACGUUUUGGAAAGAAUGGAAUUAGAACUGGAUCCAGAUAUACAGGACAUUCCCUUAGUGGAUUUAGCAAGCUUAACGGAAGGCGAAAACGCAUCCGGCAUUGUCCAAUCGCCCAUUUCACGUGAUGUGACACAAUUUUUGUCGCGGUAUUUCUUCCGGCAAAUUCUUGACGGAAUUUCCCGGUCUCUUGCGAUCUCGUUGUUUGGAAAACUGCUGGCAAGUUGUAAAAUGUCCCAAGAUUCCGGCUGUGUAUCCGCCCUUGCUUAUAUGUAUCUGGCUUGUGGAAGGGCGGAAGGGGUUGGGGUAUACACAUCAUCCUCUAUUAUAAAGGACCUGAUUGAAACGUUGGGACACUCAAUCAAUACCUUCGAUUUCGGUAAAUCGGACGCAACCUUGGAAAGCGAAAAUCCUGUUAUAUCUUUACUGUUCCAAAUACUUACACUUAUAUUCGAAGAAUUAACAAAUGACGAGUUGAGCCUGAUAGAUUUCUCCUCCCUAUGCCGUCUCUUGACGCGGUUUCUCGAAAAGUCGCUCUCACUUCAUCGCGAAAACCCCCGGGAAAUUUCCCCUACCAAAAACCGCGAUAAUGAUGACGUGAACAAUGUUUUGAAUCGCGAUUGGUUCCUCCCUUGCCUGACUCUCCUAGAUAGUAGUGCCAGAUGCCAAGUCCGACUGGGCUGGGUUUCUUUCCUUUAUUUUCCCACAACCGCCAGCCAUAUAAUUACGCAGAAAGCCAAUCUCAACCCAGAAGAAAUCCAAACGACUGGAUUUAGUGAUUCUGGAGGUCACCAGAUCGCGAAAGACGCCGGUAAAGGGAUCAAAGACGAUAACCAAAAUGCUAAUUCAGCUAUGAAUUUGCCAUCAAAUUCAGUUAUAACUCCAAUUAUAAACGUUCUUCAACCCAAAGCUAUUGUUGGUUCAUCCACUCGCGCCUCUAACCCAGCUACUUCUUUGGUAACAGCCCGUUCUUGGAGAUGGUUAGACGAAAGAACGGGCUUUUGGAACCCCUACCCCUCUUCUUUGGUCCAUUUGAUUGACUCCUCUUUUGACAGUGGUCAAGAUCAGUCCAAAUAUUCUUGCACUAUAAAUCCGGUUAAAAAUAGUGGUUCCGCCAAACGAUUUAACGCGACUGGUUUUACCGGACCCGCAAGCCUCUAUUUUUGGUCCAUGAGCCAGAGGCUAAUAACGGGAUCUAACGAUAGCAAAGACAAUCAAGACGACCAUCAAAGUCGGGCCGGGCAACUAAGGGCCGUGGAAAUGAGUUUCGAAGGAUUUAGGAAAGAACUGCUGAGUGAAAAGGAAGAUGCCAACAUGGACGUUGAUACCCAAGCCGAAACGAACGAGGAAAAGAAAUUGAAUAGUACCCCGCAUGGGUUGCCGCUUGACCCAGAGCCUUGCAAUGGUCUACCACAGGACCUUGCAUUCCAAAUUUUGAAGUUAUGCGUGGAAGUUAUGCAGACGCGUGCUUCUUUUAUAUGUCCCGAAGUAUUGGAAUGUCUUUUGAUGCUCUGCGUCAGAUUCACUCGCGAUACCCCCUCUUGCCUAUACUUUAUGGACAUAAACGGACCUGUUGUAACACUCAAGGCUGUUUCUUACCUACUCAACCAAAAAGAAACUAAAUGGGACCCCAACAAAUACAGGAAAAAAUCCAUGGUUCUCCUUUACAAAGAUAUCAGAAAACUGGUCAAUUUUCUCUUCAGGCAUCUAUUUGAGGAUGAGACCAAUUUGAAAUUAGUCAUGGACAAAGUGGUUCAAAACGUUUACCAGUCCAGCCCUGCCCCUCGCCAUGCCACUGAUGUAUCCAAUAUCAAAACUCAAUCCACCACUAGGGAUUUCAAUUGCUUGAUCAGAAUUCUGGUCCCUGCUUUGUGGAGAAAUCAUAAGGUGUUCUAUCACUCCAUGGUGAAUAGCAUGGAGUUCGUGCCUCAAGCUUUUAAUAAAAAUGACUUUCCGGAAAUCAGCCACAAGUCAUCUUUGUUCGUAAAACUCUUGCCUCCUUCUUAUCCACCGGCUUUGCAGUUGCCUAGUGACGACAAGGAAAAAUUGCACGAUGCUGCAGCCACGCAAGCCAUUAAUGAGCGUACCACGGCUAUACUUUUCUACCUUAUUCAUAAACUCAAGAUCAACCAUCAAUUCCAUCAUUUGAACGACGAGACAAUAGAGGGAGGGGCAUUCGUUAAAGACGCGUACACCUAUUACAAAUCUCAGAGCAAUAUCUUGAUAUUGCUAACGGAACUUAGCCUAGCCUAUCCUCACGUUUCUUCAUAUUUAAUAGAGCAUUGUUACGAGACAUCGCCUCCUCACAUGAGCAUGCCUUUCCCUAAAGAUUGGAGAGACGAUUUAUCCGGCCAUUCCUUCAUCUCUUUCCUCCUCCAGCACCUACUUCCACUAGAUUACUAUCAUUACACGGCCCGCCUACUAAAAUCGCGCACGAAUCUUGACGCACGAAACGCCGACAAAUGUCGAGAAUUGCGAGCUAGCAAGUCAUCCGCCUCUGAGCUAUACGGGUAUCUUAGAGUACUACUCCUUAGUCUAACGGUAAGCGGCUUUUCCAGAAACUUUCAGACGCCCAAAGGGAAAGAAACCAGGGAAAGCCUCGUAUACGAAUACCAAAGUGCCAUUUCGGCUACUAAUAAUAUUCAACCGCCAUCUUAUAAACAACACCACCACUCCACUGGCCUCUUUUCCCCUAACGCCAGUAAUUAUACCUUGAACGAGCAUUCCACGAUCGAUGCUAAGAUAAGCCGCGACCUGAUCUCUAUCCUUGUCGAAUCCUUCUCACUUGUCACCAAAUUUACUGCCGGCUCACCGAAUAGCCUCUAUAUUGGUGGCAUUAUGAACCUUAAUGGUUCUAACUACCAUCACCAGAAACUCUGUGCCCUGCUGUCCCAAUUAAAUACCAACGAUAGUUCUAACCAAAUUACCAACCCUAACACGCCUUCUUCAUCUUCUCUUCAGCCUCACGGUAGCCUCGUUAAAUCGGCUUUCAAGCAUGGAUUGCUUAAACAAUUAGCUAUGGUGCCACGAAGGGUCAGAAUGGAAGAUCCAGAGUUUCCCGCUAUAGUUAAUUCCACCCUUUUGACCAUGGAAACUUUCAUUCGCUUAGUCAACGCUAUGCCCCUCAAUCAGCCCCAGAAGCCGAUGGUUCAUACCGCCGGUACCCAGGCUAAAUUGCCUGCUCCUAACGCCUCAACCAAUACCGAUAGACCACCUCGAAGCACAACAAAUUCUGAUGCAGCGGGAAUGGGAACGAAUGAUGGUGGAAAUAUUGAUGCCUUCUCAGGACUCCCUCUGCCUCCACCGCAAACUGAUUCUCACGAUGAUGCUAACCGUCCACCAAGAAAUACGAGUACCAACAACGGUAGAACCCCAAGAAGAUCCAGGAGGCCUCGUUCCCGAGAUCACCACGAUCCUACUGGCCCCAACAGUAGUGAAUACAUUUCUCAAAGAAACAUUAGGCUUAGAUCAUCAACUAAUAACGGUGCCGACGUGCCACUCGAGAACGACUCUGUCAUGAUUUUUGAAAAUCAAGGGUUGCGGGGAGACAAUGACCUGCUCCCUGCCCAGGCACCUGAAUUAGAGGAGAUCAUAGUGGAUAUUUCGCGACAACCAGGACCCAACAUAUCUAUAAGGCAAGACGAAGAAAUGGAGAAUUAUCGGGCUGAAAGAGACAAUAUGCGAGAGAUGCUAGAUCAGGAGGAUAUAGGCCAUGAGGAACAACAGGAAGGAAUUCAUCGAACCCAUGGUACAGAGGAACACAAUUUGACUGGAAACACAAAUGAAGAUGACGAAUUAGACGAAGAGGAGGAUGAAGAGGUUGAUGAAUUAGAUGAAGAAGAGGAAGAGGAGGAGGAUGAUGAAGAAGACGAGGAUGAGGAGGAUGACAUGGAAGAACAAGAAAUGGAAGAGGAAGAUGGGUCAGACCCAGAUAAUGAAACCGAACCUGAACAAGAUUUUAUCGCUUCGGAUACCGGCCUGGUUUCAGCUCCUUAUUGGCGUCCUUCCACUGGAUCAGGUAGCAACGGUGCCCGAAGGGGGGACCUUGGUGGCCUCCGCCAUUCUAGGAGGACGGGAAUGAAUAUUAGUUCCUUCGGGAGGGCAAGGCGCGAGGCGUUUCGUGUGACUGGCAGAAGAGGCAGAAACCGGCGAACGGCCACAAGGAGAAAUAACACUGGAAAUGGGGUCGAAAGGAACGAAGAGGAAGAAAACGAAGCCUAUUACGAUUUGGAUUACUUGUUGACCCGAGCACGCGAUGGAGCAGAGAGAAGCGAUAAUUUGUCGAAUAUGAUGGAUUUGAACUUGCUUCAAUCAUUACUUGAUGCCGAUUUUGAUCUCACAUUUUUCCCUAAUAGCAGAGCUGAAUCUUCAUCCAUUACAGGCUUCCUCGGUCCUUUUAACACGACUAACUUCCUUAAUCUAACCGCCCAAACCAGCGCUUCUCAACAGCAUCAGCCCCAAGGCUCUAGCAUAAGCCAUGCUAACAAUUCGAGUAUCACUAGAACAGUUUCACCCGCUACAUUAAAUCCCGUUAACACGUCGAUUCUAACCGAUGACUACGUUUUGCCACCCGGGGCCACUCAGAGUAACAGGGAGGCAAUGACUCGUUUAUUGCGCGGCUUGGAAAACGUGGGUAACCAACGAGGAAUGGCCCAAACUGUUAACAACAACCAACACCGUCAAGUUUCUGCCAUUACGAAUACCACAAAUAUGACCCCCAGAGGUAGACGACACUCGACUCCUCCACCCCAUUUCCACCCUCCACCAUUUAUCUUCCGCUCCACCCAUCGAUCUGCUAACGCCCUAGACCUAGAUCAAGAAUCUGACCCAGGAGAACUAGAAAAUGAGGAUGCCUAUUAUGAGGAGUAUUAUCCCGAAAAUGUUCCCUCCGGAAAUAAUGAAAGAAAUCUAGGUUAUUACGAGCAAUUUCUUCCUAGGAGUUCUCAGCAUGCUGCCGCUAAUAAUAAUAAUGUUUUCCAAGCCCGAACCGGAGCUUUAAGGAUAUCUUUCGCUUUGGCUCCUCCUUCCAACAUUACGCGAUCUUUCAACACCCCAAGGAGGCCAGAGGAAGAGUACACCGAUCGGGGAUUUGACGACGACGAAUUCGAAAUGGAAAGGCAAGAGGAGGAGGUUGAAGAUGAAGAAGAUAACGAAGAGGGGGACGACAACUGGCUUAAUGAUUUUGACAGGAUUGGUUCUUCCAGGAGCUUUGUGAUAGGCUUAACCGGGAACAGGCGUUCGAGAAGGCCUAGGAGUGGAGACAGAAGAAGGACAGGUGUCACUCACUUUGGAACCCUUAGAUCGGGCAGGGUCGAUCAAACGGGCCGUGGACAUACAUGCGGUCAUUUCGGGAGACAAGCCCAGUCGGGGGAAGGCGGCGCCAGGACUUGGUUAGCAGCAUGUGAGGCUGCUUGCAUAGGGGGUUCAUUGCCUGUUAGGGUGGCCUCGAUUAAAAGGUUGUUUUCGCUAUUCCAAACUACGCGUUCUCAAGAUUCGAAAGAACCCGUAAAAGACAAUAUUAUAACAAAUUUGCAAGACAUUAUGCCGGCUGCACCUCUUCUACCUUCCACCACGCUUCGCCGAUGGUCGGAAGAAAUUCUUAUGCUGGAAGGUCCUUACGUGCAAAACAUUGUAUCCUAUUACAAGGGGUGCCUGUACGAAACACUCAAGAUUUCUUACGACAAACGUCGACGAGCACAUCUCGCGGAAAUGAUAGCAGCCAAUAACAGACGCGAACAAGAAGAAAAAGAGAAAGAAAAGAAAGAGAAGGAGAAGAAGGAAAGAGAGAGUAGAGAGAAAUUGGAAGCUUUGGAGAAGGAAGCGGGGUCCAAGGUAUCUAAUCUAGAUACUACUUCUUUGGGUGAUGCCUCUAGUAGUUCUAAACUCAAAAUCAGUACUGGUACAUUGGCUAGCAAAGAUGACGGAAGUGGGGACUCAUCCUCCGACAGCGACGAAUCAGCUGGCAGUGGGACUAAGGUUGGAGGUGAUCCAAAGCUUAGCAAAAUGGAUACUGAUAAGUUGACAGAAACCAGCGGAACAAGUUUACCAUCAGAGGCAAGCACUAGUUCCAAUAUCCCGUCGACCUCUCAAACCGUGCCUCAGCCAUCGAUUGUUCAAAGUUCUGACCAGAAGAUCGAAAGUAUGGAGGUCGUGGAAGAACCAGCCAACGUUCGCGAUAUCACCCCAUCACACCCACCUUCAAUUUUUCCUGAAGAACCGAUUCCUUAUCUUGAUCAAAAUCGUUUGGACUCAGUUUCCACUGGGGGCAAAGAAUACAAGAUUAUACUGGGAGACGGAUUAGAUCCUUCCUUCCUCGCCGCUCUGCCAGAAAAUCUUCGGCAAGAGGUCAUGUCAGAACAGAUUCGACUCAAAAAUAUCGAAAUUAACAACGAUCGAACCUCGAAUCCUAAUUUGAGCGACAACUUCCAGCCCGUUAAAAUAGAAGUGUGUCAAAGCUUCAUGACAGCUCUUCCCGCCAAUAUACAACAAGAGAUCUUAACCCUCCAAACCCAAGAAAGUCAGAGGCAAACCUCCCUGGCCGCCAGACGCAGGGCUUCUCAAAGCAUCGUUAACUCUACCACAACGAGUCCUAGCACAAAUGGAGCAACAAGUCUUAAUAACAAUGGCGGAUCUACCGCGGAUACCGUUAAUCCUCUUGGUUCGAUAAAUAGUAGCGAUUUUGAUCCUGCCCUUUUUAUUCAUAGUCUGCCUUUUCACUUAAGGCAACAAGUGCUGAGCGAUUUGGACGAUUCAGUGGUGGCCCUUUUACCAGAAGAAUUGGCUAGGGAGGCCCGAAAUCUGCAAAGGCACGUUCAGAGCAGGCACAGGAGGCUGCAACAAUCCCUUUUUGGUGGCCAGUGGUAUAGAUUCUCCAAUCCUCCAGCGACUGCCGCUAAUCAAGCUAAUUCAACAGAAAAUGAGAGGUCUUUAACUAAUAGCACUAAUAAUACCGGCAAUGGCAAUAUCAUGCUUUCCGAUGGUGUGCAUGCCCCUUCAUCUUUGCACUUUCAACCGCCAAUCUCCUCUAGGCCCACUGGUUUGGGAAUUACUUCUAAAGCCUUAUUGGACACCGAACAUCUGACUCAAUUGAUCGUUUUGGCUCUUUACAAACAAUGCCAUUUCGUAGAAAACAAGCCUUUCGCUUCCCCUCUCGAUUCCGGUUUUAAUGAUUUUGGUAGCGGGACUGACCAGUCUGCUAAAAAUAGCAAAAAAGUUUUGCACCAAACAUCGGUCGUUAUGGGAAAACGCAUAGCUGAAGUUCUCAAAGAGGUAUGCAGACACCCACUCACUUUCGCCUGGGUGAUGGAAGCCGUGCUGAGCUUGAUGGAGUGCCCUACGUUUAGCAUCGGCAAAAGUUUUGGAAGUUCCGACACGAAUGACAUAGAAAUAACUGUCGAAAACGAUGAAACGGGCUCCAUAUCCGCUAACGAAUGCCCAUGUCCGGCUUCCCAUAAUCGCAAAGACAAACACCACUCUAAUUGUAAAUGGCUGACUCUGGCACUCAAAACUGGACUGGGCUCCUGCGCUGGGGUUUUCAAAACUUACCACGUUGUUUUCGGGUAUAUGAAGUCUCCGCCAUUUUUAGACAUUAUCCUUCCGGACAGAAGAGCUCGGAACGCCAUCAGCCGGACAUGUUUGGGCCUUUUGUCUCCACUAUGUGCUCAUACUCUUGGACUACAAUUAGGCGGUCAAGUUAGGAGGAUUCCUAAUAAAUUGGCAACAGGAGAUGGAAAGAAAAAAGAAUCGAAAGAUAUUAUUUCUAAAGAAAUCAACAAAGACAUGAAAGAUGGGACUGAAAGCAAGGAAACCAAAGAGCAACCUGCCAAAGGUAUCACCUUUGUGAGCUGCGAACAGUUCUACACGAUUAUCGAAUCUUCCAAAAUUAAGGAAAUUAGCCCAGGUGAAAAUAGCCACAAUCUCGCUAAAAAUUCCAACUUUAACCCUAGCAGUAACGCGAUGCCUCGAAAUGCUAAUAUCGAUCCCGUGGCCAAUAAUUAUAGUUAUAGUCAAAUGAGCCCAAAUUUUAUACCCAGUGGGUUCGGUUCUGAUGUGUGGGAAGCGCUUUAUAGAUUAGAUACGGGUAAACCAGAAGAUUCUUGCAAACUUUUGGCCGAUAGAAGCUUGCCCAGGGCUAAAUUGCCCUUUCCUUCCUCUUCCGACAAAAGUGUGCUGCAAACUCUUACAACCCACCUACCCUUCGUCACCGAAUGGCUAGCCCUCAAUACCAUUUAUCGCCUUUUCCAACUCGGAUCGGCUCCCUUUACCUGUCAAAACAGCGGCGGGAGCGCAUCAAAAACCAUUAUCUAUAACUGGUUAAGACCGGACAAGGAUACGGUUGACCAAACUAUUCGCAUAAUAGGCUCUAUCUGCGACACGUUGGCUAAAGUGUGCAAGGAUCCCAACCUCGAGACAGCCUUAGCGCGGUUCAAAGUUAUUACUCGGUCCGCUGACGCCUUUAACGCUGAAGAUCUUGUAAAAGUCAUUAUGGCACGAUCUGAGCUAGAUAGGACUGUAGAAGUCGGACAUUCUUAUACAGUCGAUAUGGGGUUAUUCGAAAAUGCUAUGCGCAAAUUUUUAACGGUCUUGAUAACGAAACGACUUCCUACACAAACUGGUCAACUUACUGAAGCCACUACGUUAACCACCAAGGACACCACCUUUUGCUCCGAUAAAGGACUGGACAUCCUUAACAAAGCCUUAGUGUCCAUGUCUAAAAUUAGCCUCAAACUAGGCUCAAGCUGUUUGCCCGACAUCCCAAGCAAGGAAACAACAGCUAGUACUACUACAAUCAAUACUGAAGUUAUAGUAUUCGCCCCUUUGGUUUUGAAAGUGCUGGCCGAAAUCGUUGUCCUGAGUGGAAGUCAAUUGAAGGAUGAGAUUGAAAAGUUUUCCAUAGAGCUCAACGCCUUAACCCUGCAGGCCGAUAAGGAAGAUAGCGAGAGACCCUCUACCAGUUCUGAAAACAAUCCUGAAGCCGACCCCGUGAUCACCGAGGAAAACCGUCUCAUUUUCAAAUUCUUGUCCAACCUGGACGCCAAAAAGUGGUUUUCCCACCAGGACCUCUUUCUCAGGAUCCUCAAAACACUCGAAACGGUUUACAGGGAUAGCACCAACAUUUAUAGACAUAUCAAUAGCAGCAAUAAAGAUAACGUUGAAUCAGAAGAAUCUGGGGGAAAGGCUUGGAGCUUAUUCGAUCGGCAAUUACCGGAUCUUCUCUCUGCCCUUGAUCCUCUAUGGGACAGUUUAAGCACCUGCUUGACUAUUCUAGAGGCUAAUUCUAACUCUGUUCCCAACCAAACCAAUACAAAUAACACCAAUACUUUAAAUUCUAACGCUUACCCUAGCACCUCUAACGACCUUGACUCAUCGGAAGUUGCUGGAAACGCUUCUAAUGUGGUGGCGGGAACUUCCAAUAGUGCGGGAUCCGAUUGGACUUCUAUAUUGCGUCCCACGGUUGAAGCCUUCUUCAGGGUGCACUCUAAAUAUGUGGGUUAUAUUGGAGUUGAAGGCGGAAGCACUAGGACGUAUGCCAGCAUAGUUAGAAACCCAAGGCGGGAAAUAAAUCCUUCCAAUAUAGAAGAAGAACCCGUAGCAUCUAAUAUCCAGCCUAUCGCAACCGAGAAUCAUGUUAAAACCGGGAAAGAUUCCCAGAAAAGCGUUAAUCAAGUUCAAGAACUCACGAAUAAUAAAAGAUUUUUGGAUUUUGCUACUUCACACCGUCAGAUCCUCAAUCGCAUCCUCCGACAAACCAUGCUCGCCUCCUCCCACUCUUCCUCCCAUAACCAUUCCAAUACAUUCAGCUCUUUAUUUAAUACCAACAAUAGUCAAAGGAACACUGCCGAAGCAAGAUUGCUGGGUCCGUUCUCUAUCCUUGCACGGGAACCUUAUUGCCAUUUGCUGGAUUUCGACAUCAAAAGACGCUAUUUCAGAGAUAUACUAGAAACUAUGCCUGUCAAUUACAAUGGUGCUAAUGGUAACCCUUUGACCGGGCAUAUUAGAAAUGGUGAGGACUUUCCGGUGCACGUUAGGAGAACACAAGUAUUCGAAGAUAGCUACAGAGAGCUUCAUAGACAGCCUCCGGCCGUUUGGAAAAAUCGAUUUUAUAUCAUAUUUGAAGGCGAGGAAGGUCAAGACGCUGGUGGUCUUUUGCGCGAAUGGUACAGCAUAAUUGCCCGGGAAAUCUUCGAUCCCAACUACGCACUUUUCCGCAUAAGUCCCGGAGAUAGGGUAACUUACACCAUUAACCCGGCUUCCCAUUGUAAUUCCAACCAUCUUUCAUACUUCAAGUUUGUAGGCAGGGUCAUUGGAAAAGCCUUGUACGACAAUAAACAUCUUGAAUGCUACUUCACCCGAUCGUUCUACAAACACAUACUUGGGAAGAGUGUCAAAUACACCGACAUGGAAAGCGAAGACUAUGAUUUUUAUCAAGGGUUAGUAUACCUUCUGGAAAACAAUGUUGAAACAUUGGGCUACGAACUCACGUUCAGCACUCAAAUACAAGAGUUCGGAGUGACAGAAACUCGUGACCUCAAACCCAACGGGCGUAACGUUAUAGUCACGGAGGAAAAUAAGCAAGAAUACGUUUCCCUACUCUGUCAAAUGAAAAUGACCGGGGCGAUUAGACAACAAUUAAACAGCUUCCUGGAAGGAUUUUACGACGUUAUACCCAAAGAUUUGAUAUCCAUAUUUAAUGAACAAGAAUUAGAGCUUUUCAUAUCGGGUCUACCUAAGUUCGAUAUAGAAAAUCUCAAAACUAAUACUGAAUAUCAUAAAUAUCAAUCCGAUUCAUUACAAAUAAAAUGGUUUUGGAGAGCCUUGCGAUCUUUCGACCCUGCUACUAAAGCCAAAUUCCUUCAAUUCGUCACUGGAACUUCGAAAGUUCCUUUACAAGGUUUUGGUUCCCUCGAGGGAAUGAACGGUAUCCAAAAGUUUCAAAUAUACCGGGACAAUAGGAGUACUGACAGACUACCAUCGGCUCACACUUGCUUCAAUCAAUUGGAUCUUCCAGCUUACGAAAAUUACACAAAAUUACGUUCCAUGCUUUUGAAAGCGAUAUUGGAAUGUUCUGAAGGCUUUGGAUUGGCAUGAACACUAUAUAUGGAAUAUAUAUUGAAUUUUGAUAAUUUUUUUAUACAUAUUAUAUAAUGUAUUAUAAAUUAUAUUAUAUUUAAAAUCGUCUAAUUUUUUUUUUAUUUAAAGAAUAGAUAAAAAGGAAAUGAUAUAAUUUUAAGCCUUAUCAUUAAAGUUUUUUUUUUAAAUAAAAAUUAAAUUUUAAUGUUUAUAUAUAAUAAAUCUCUAUAACUUAAAAAUAUACUUUGUAUUAUGCAUUAUUAUAAAAAUAUUUUUAUAUGAAUUCGAUAUAAUUAUUUUGUAUGA